AUGGUUCUUAUUAAGAACAUAUUGAAAAACAAUUGGAAGAUCAUCCUUGGCAACAAAGAUUUGGCAAAGGUUGUAGGAAAUAACCCGUUAUUCACUUACAAAAGGAAUGACAAUAUUAAAGCUAUUUUAGAAAAAUCUAACUCACAAAUUCAGGCACACAAGGGACAAGGUGUUCCGAGUCAAGGUUCAGAAUUUACAACAUGUAGAGCUCCUUGCUCAGCUUGUGGACCAGAUGCGGACCACCUUACAUUCCAGUGCUAUAUCAAAUUAAUAUUUAAAUUAAAUGUUAUUAAAAGCUUGUCUGCUUCUUUGAAGCUUGACUUUUGGAAACCUCAUGAUGUGAGUCAAAUUGUUCCCAAUAUGGAUGUGGACUUCCAUGCUACAGGAGAUCAGGUUGCCAAAGUAGAAGAAUACAUGCAAGAGAAUGGAUUGGAAUAUGAAGUGUUCAUUCAGGACCUUCAGCAAACAAUAAACCAGCAGCUUGAUGCCAAGCCAAAUGCAAGAUUCAGUUAUGAGAAAUAUAAUACUUGGGAUGAGAUUGCUGCCUGGACUUCUGAGAUAAGUGCUGCAAAUCCAACACUGGUCACACGCAGCUCACUUGGAAACACUUACAAUGGACGUCCCAUGUAUUUGCUUAAGAUUGGCAAGAGUGGCAGUGGAAAGAAAGCAAUCUUCAUGGACUGUGGUUUUCAUGCACGAGAAUGGAUAUCACCUGCUUUCUGUCAGUGGUUUGUAAAAGAGGCUGUGAAUACAUAUGGUUCUGACAAGUCUAUGACACGUAUCCUUGACAACCUUGAUUUCUACGUUCUGCCAGUCUUCAACAUUGAUGGCUACAUAUAUUCCAAGACUAAUGAUCGUAUGUGGAGAAAGACCAGAUCAAAAAACAGUGGCUCUUCAUGUAUCGGAACUGACCCUAACCGGAACUUUGAUGCUGGGUGGUGCAGUGUUGGAGCAUCAUCUAACCCUUGUUCUGAAACCUACUGUGGAUCUGCUCCAGAAUCUGAGAUCGAGGCUAAGAACCUUGCCAAUUUCAUUCGUAAAAAUAUUUCCAGCAUUAAGGCUUACCUGACAGUCCAUUCCUACUCUCAGUUGUUGUUAUUCCCCUAUUCUUACAAAUAUGGACUUACUGCCCACAACAGUGAAUUGAACAGUAUUGCCAGUGCAGCCGUGGCACGAUUGACUAGUUUGUAUAAUACACGUUACACAUAUGGACCUGGAGCAACUACAAUCUAUCCUGCAGCUGGUGGCUCAGAUGACUGGGCUUAUGACGCAGGUGUCAGGUAUGCAUUUACCUUUGAACUCCGUGACACAGGCAGAUAUGGCUUCCUUCUACCAGAGUCUCAGAUCAGGCCAACCUGUGAAGAAACAAUGUUGGCAGUGAAAUACAUUGCUGAAUAUGUUGUGGAUCACCCAUACUAAAAUUUAAGCUGAACACAUUAAAAAGCAAGCUUGAUUCCUA